GACACAGCUAUAACAACAACAAGAGUCAUUUUAAAACACACUUCAAGAAAAUCACGAUAACACACCAACCAUUCUAAUAAUAUUAAAAAUGUACUCGUUUGUUAAAGCCACCGACUUCUUCACCAUCCUGUUCUUUCUAGCCACUGCAACUGUCGCAAUCUCCUUUAACACAUCUGAACUAGAUGUGCUCGAGAGGGCUCGAGCUUCGGUGGUUGAAGCGAGAACUAGGUUUGGUUCAAUGGCAACGGUUGAGGCAACAAAUGAAGUUGCUAGAAGUUAUUAUAGUUUGGGUUUAAGUGACUGUGAGAAGCUAUACGAUGAAAGUGAGGCAAGAUUGUUAAACCUUGUAGUGGCUCAUGAGAAUUUCACCGUUGAAGAUGUCAGAACGUGGCUAAGCGGCGUGCUCGCUAACCAUCACACUUGUUUAGACGGCUUGGAUCAGUCACGUCAAGGCGACAAGCCUUUGGUCCAUAGUAACAUUACGGUUGUUCUGGGCGAAGCUUUGGCUUUCUACAAAAAAACUAGAGGUCGUCUAAAAAAGAGGAGACCUAACCAUACACCGACGAGACAACACCAUGCACCGACUAGACCACACCAUGGACCGACGAGACCAAAUCAUAAUGGACCAGCCAGACCAUACCAUGGACCGGUCAGACCAAAUCAGAGCGGAGGAAUGUUAGUGUCAUGGGAUCCGACAGGGUCAAGGGCGGAUUUCGUGGUGGCUAAGGACGGUUCAGCAACUCAUCGGUCGAUAAGCGAGGCAUUAGCCGCCGUUUCAAGAAUGGGUAAAAGCCGGACGAAUAGAGUGAUAAUCUACAUAAAAGCGGGUGUGUAUAACGAAAAAAUCGAAAUAGAUAGACACAUGAAGAACAUAAUGCUAGUUGGUGAUGGUAUGGACCGUACAAUCAUCACCAAUAACCGAAAUGUCCCGGAUGGUUCCACGACUUAUGGAUCAGCCACAUUCGGGGUGUCCGGAGAUGGAUUUUGGUCACGGGACAUGACGUUCGAGAACACGGCAGGACCACAUAAGCAUCAAGCUGUGGCAUUGAGAGUGAACUCGGAUUUGUCUGUAUUCUAUCGGUGUAGCUUCAGAGGAUAUCAAGACACUCUUUUCACACACUCGCUUCGUCAAUUCUACCGCGAUUGCCAUAUUUAUGGUACGAUUGAUUUCAUAUUUGGAGAUGCGGCUGCUGUUUUCCAAAACUGUGAUAUAUUUGUCAGACGGCCAAUGGAUCACCAAGGCAAUAUGAUCACAGCUCAAGGAAGAGACAACCCACAUGAAAAUACAGGCAUAUCGAUCCAAAACUCACGGGUCCGGGCCUCACCAGAAUUUGAGGCGGUUAAAGGACAGUUUAAGAGCUACUUGGGCCGGCCGUGGAAGAAAUACUCUCGGACGGUGUUUCUCAAGACGGAUCUCGACGGGUUGAUUGACCCAAGAGGGUGGAGAGAAUGGAGAGGAGAUUUCGCUCUAUCAACUUUGUAUUACGGCGAGUUUAUGAACACCGGAAGUGGAGCAGGGACUAGUAGAAGGGUGAGCUGGCCAGGGUUUCACGUUCUUCACGGCGCCGACGAAGCUUCUCCGUUCACUGUCAGCCGAUUUAUACAAGGAGAUUCUUGGAUCCCUAUCACCGGGGUACCAUUUUCUGCCGGGGUUUGAGUCGGUCUUUAAGUAACUCGAUGGUAAUAUCAAUGUUAACAUAUUUACUUCAGAAUCUUUAUGUUUUCAAUACUGCUUUAAAAUAAAUUAAUUUGCUAA